AUGAAUAGUUUAUGGUCUCUAGUUGUGGUUUUUCUUUUAUGUGUUACACGUUCUUAUGCCGUCAAAGUUGUAGAUGUGGAUACUAUAUGCAAGAAUGCGAGAAAUCAUUCAUUUUGUUCAAAUCUUCUCCAUUCAAAAUUCGGCGCAAGUGGAGAUCUUGUUAGCCUUACACAGUACACCAUUGAUGUGCUUCGUGCCAAUGUGACCAACACUGUCAAUCUGAUCAAUAAGCUAAUUGCACAAAGUGGUGGUAAUUUCAAUCUAACAUAUCAUUACAAUAUGUGUUUAAUUCAUUUUGAUAUCAAAAAGGGUGCCUUAGGUUCAGUUGAGUAUGCUGAAGAACUGUUCAAAAUGGGAAAUUACCUAGCUAUGAUUCCAACCAUGGAAAGUAUAGCUUUUAAUGCUUGGGAAUGUCUUUCUGGAGAUACACCAAGUGAACCUCUUUAUCAUGAUACCUCUUCGCUCCCAAUAUAUGCUGAUAUUGUCAUGCUAGUUGCUAACAUUGUUCAUAGCAUACUAAACUAUUUGACACAAGUCUAG